AUGGUGACAUUUCAAAGGGUGACAUUAGCAAUAAGUGAUUUUAGAAAUAGUGACAUUAGAAAUGGUGACAUUAGAAAUAGUGACAUUAGAAAGAGUGAUAUUAGAAAUGGUGACAUUAGAAAUGGUGACAUUAGCAAUAGUGAUGCUAGAAAUAGUGACAUUAGAAAUGGUGACAUUAGCAAUAGUGAUGCUAGAAAUAGUGACAUUAGAAAUGGUGACAUUAGCAAUAGUGAUGCUAGAAAUAGUGACAUUAGAAAUGGUGACAUUAGAAAUGGUGACAUUAGAAAUGGUGGCAUUAGCAAUAGUGAUGCUAGAAAUAGUGACAUUAGAAAUGGUGACAUUAGAAAUGGUGACAUUAGAAAUGGUGACAUUAGAAAUGGUGACAUUAGAAAUGGUGACAUUAGCAAUAGUGAUGCUAGAAAUAGUGACAUUAGAAAUGGUGACAUUAGCAAUAGUGAUGCUAGAAAUAGUGACAUUAGAAAUGGUGACAUUAGCAAUAGUGAUGCUAGAAAUAGUGACAUUAGAAAUGGUGACAUUAGCAAUAGUGAUGCUAGAAAUAGUGACAUUAGAAAUGGUGACAUUAGCAAUAGUGAUGCUAGAAAUGGUGACAUUAGCAAUAGUGAUGCUAGAAAUAGUGACAUUAGAAAUGGUGACAUUAGCAAUAGUGAUGCUAGAAAUAGUGACAUUAGAAAUGGUGACAUUAGCAAUAGUGAUGCUAGAAAUAGUGACAUUAGAAAUGGUGACAUUAGCAAUAGUGAUGCUAGAAAUGGUGACAUUAGCAAUUGUGAUGCUAGAAAUAGUGACAUUAGAAAUGGUGACAUUAGCAAUAGUGAUGCUAGAAUUAGUGACAUUAGAAAUGGUGACAUUAGCAAUAGUGAUGCUAGAAAUAGUGACAUUAGAAAUGGUGACAUUAGCAAUAGUGAUGCUAGAAAUAGUGACAUUAGAAAUUGUGACAUUAGCAAUAGUGAUGCUAGAAAUGGUGACAUUAGCAAUUGUGAUGCUAGAAAUAGUGACAUUAGAAAUGGUGACAUUAGCAAUAGUGAUGCUAGAAUUAGUGACAUUAGAAAUGGUGACAUUAGCAAUAGUGAUGCUAGAAAUAGUGACAUUAGAAAUGGUGACAUUAGCAAUAGUGAUGCUAGAAAUAGUGACAUUAGAAAUGGUGACAUUAGCAAUAGUGAUUUUUUAAAAAUGUAUUGCGAAUGUAAAUAG